AUGUUCAGGACCAGCUGCUUGGAGCAAAUGAUCACACAUUUUCCUGAAUGUGCAGUAUUCCUUGAACAAAAGACAUUCACCAUUACUUUCCGCAUCAUUAUUGGCUAUAGGUAUUGUCAUGAACUAAAAUGCUGUCUGCAGGCGGAGAAGGUCUACAACCAAGACCUUUAUUUUAAGAGGGCUGUCAAAUAUGUUGGAGAACCGAUGACAUACCUAGAAGCAAUUACUUCCUCUGCGGUACGCGCUGCCAUCAAGGUGAAGGCAUCUGUUAUCAUUUGCUUCACUUCAUCAGGAAGAGCUGCAAGAUUAAUUGCCAAGUAUAGGCCAACAAUGCCUGUGAUAUCAGUUGUCAUUCCUCAGAUCAAGUCAAAUCAAAUCCGAUGGACAGUUAGUGGUGCUUUUCAGGGGCAAGGGAAGGGAGGUGGGGGCAGAUUCGGCAGAAGAAACCUUCUUUCAACUUAA